CAUUGAAUCGAGAAUGAGAUUUUUUUCAUAUUUACAUAUUAUAGUAUCUAUUUGAAUUAUUCGAAAUGAUAUGAUAUAAUUCAUUAUUAAAAGCCAUUCAUUUACUGACGACCAUUCAGAAGUUUUUUAGGCUGUAAGGUAUAGCCUUAAUAAUUAUGAUGCAGAACCGAUUUGGUUUACUUGACUUUUCCUCAGGAAUACUACAAUAACAAUAAUAUAUUGACAUCCAUGAAUCUUCUAGUUCGGGGACUGUUUUUAUGAUAAACUUCUUUAUUGAUACAGACAAAACAAUGUAGACUAAAUGUUUAUUCCACAAUAUAAAGAAUCAUGAGUUUAAACUUGAGUAAUUGUUGAUCGAUGAGAAAUAAUGAUACCACCUCUCUCUUCUACUCAGGUACAAUUAUUAGAUAUAGAAAAUAUGAUGGGAUGGAAAAAUCCAUUUGAUAUGGGUCAAGUUACUCUUUUGAACUUGGGGACUACAUCUUUUGGAACAAAAAAUGGAAAUAAAACCAAUUUAGCCUAUUAUAGGAAAACUUACAGUGUUACUUGUCCUACAAAAUCAUUAGAAUUAUUGCGAAAAAAUAUACAGAAUGCAAUCAAUAAAGAUAUUGAAAAUGUGCUAAAAAAAUAUGUGGAGAGGUUUUUUCAACCUGCCCUUGUUAACAUAAAAAAUAAUCUAGGGAAAGAUAGUGUCAAUGAAGAACAUGUAAAGGAGGUUUGUAGAAGAAUUUUGGAGGAAGCAAAGAGCAUUUAUAAGAGUAAUACGUCAAGAGACAGUUCACCUUAUGAAUGCAGUGAUUCAGAAACUAGCACCCUUGAAGGAAGGAUAGAGAGAAAUAGUCCUACCGGAAAUAAGAGAAAGGAAACUGACAUAGAUUCAGAAAUUAAUAGGUUCAAUAAAAAAAAGGCCAGAUCAUGUCAAGAUUAUUUGCUUCACAAGUUACCUGUUAAAAGGGAAGCACCUAAGUGGGAUUCAGAAAGAAUUCAACCUAAGACAUUGUUCAUCAUGGGAGCAAAGGCCAACAAAGUAUUGGGUUAUGGUCAGACUAGAGGAAGGUUAUAUGUCAGACAUCCUGAAUUAGUUCGUUAUUCUGGCGAUCAGGAAGAUAAGGAAUGGUUGUCUUCCAAAAAUUUGAUGCCUCCUAGUGGAGGAAAGGCUUAUUUAAUGAUUUUGAGUGAUAUAAAAGAACUGACAGAAAGUGAUGACUAUAGAAAUAGUCCUAAUUUACAAUUGAAUGAACUGAAAGGAUUUGAAGUACCAAUUUUCUUAUUGAAUAAAAUCAGAAUAUUCAUGGAAAGUGUCAGAACGGACAGAAGAGUUCAAAUUGGAGUGGAUCUACUGGAUUUUAGGAGCCAUUCAUUAACUCCACCAAGUUUAGUUUUAGAUUCACCAUCAACUCCUUCUGAUGUUAUGCCUCUGGGAGAAUCUCAGUCAGGAAGUAUGAGUUCCAAGCAGUCUGAUUUUGUCAACAUCCCAGAAACAAGUCCUAGUUCGAAUCAUUCUAUAAUAUCGGGUACAAUGAAUCAAAGUCCUUUAACAACACCAGGAUCUCUCAUGUCUCCAAAUAUAUUAUUAUCAGUAUCAAGUGCAGAGGGAUGCUCGGAACCUCAAAUUAUGAUGUUGAAGAAUACUAUCACCAAUGGAAAUACACUAACGAAUAUUUUAUCCCAUCACUUUGGAAAUGAAACAACAGAAGGAUUCUGAUAAUAACUGUUGUAGUUUUGAUGUUAUUAUUAUUAUAUAUUGUAAUUUAUUAUAUUUGUUUUUGGAUGUUUUACUUGUUUUAAAGUAAUAAAUGGAUGUGUUUUUA